CUGUCUAGCCCCGGGGAGGGAGGAGUUGCAGUGACAGCGCCGGGGGCCCGAAGAGCCUGCGUUACCUGAAUAUUUCGUGCCAUUCAUGGCGGGCCACUAAACCUCUGACUCCAAGGGGAGGUGAAUAACCCCCGGAUAAGAUGAGUGUACUGGCCCCACUGCAUCUCUCCGACAUGGCCAGCCCCACCCUCAGUCCAGAUGACUCCUCCGUGUCAGGGGCCGUCAGCAUCUCCCCCUCGGACUCCGAGAACUUGAGUCCAGAUGAACUGGAGCUGCUGAGUAAAUUGGAGGAACAGAACAGGCUUCUAGAGGCUGAUUCCAAGUCAUUGCGCAGUGUCGCUGCGCCCUGCCGGACGAGUGUCACCUCCCCGGGGCCACCACCUUUGGACCAAGACAGCUGGGAACUAUGGGGGCGCAUUGUCACGCACUGGGAGGAGUGGACCAGGAGGAAGGAGAAGCUCUUGAAGGAGCUUAUCCGGAAGGGGAUUCCACAUCCCUUCAGGGCCAUGGUCUGGCAGAUGCUGUGUAACGCCUCGGACAUGCCGGUGAAGAAGCAGUAUGCGGAUCUCCUAAGAAUGUCUUCGCCCUGCGAGAAGCUGAUCCGCAGGGACAUCGCUCGCACUUACCCCGAGCACGACUUCUUCAGGGGACAGGACAGCCUGGGGCAAGAAGGACUUUUUAAUGUCAUGAAGGCCUAUUCGCUCAUUGACAGGGAGGUAGGAUACUGCCAAGGCAGUGCCUUCAUCGUUGGGCUGCUCUUAAUGCAGAUGCCAGAGGAGGAGGCCUUCUGUGUGUUUGUGCGGCUCAUGCAAGAAUAUAGACUGAGAGAGCUCUUUAAACCAAGCAUGGCAGAGUUGGGCCUCUGUAUAUACCAGCUGGAGUACAUGCUACAGGACCAGCUUCCUGAAUUAAACCUUCACUUCCGCUCCCACUGCUUCCACACCUCUAUGUAUGCCUCUUCCUGGUUCCUCACCCUGUUCCUCACAACGUUCCCGCUCCCUGUGGCCACUCGCAUCUUUGAUAUCUUCAUAUAUGAGGGUCUGGAGGUCAUAUUCCGUGUAGGGAUGGCUAUACUGACCGUGAACCAAACCGAGCUCAUGCAGCUGGACAUGGAGGGGAUGUCGCAGUAUUUUCAGAAGGUUAUUCCACACCAGUUUGACAGCUGCCCAGAUAAACUGAUCCUCAAGGCAUACCAAGUCAAGUACAACCCAAAGAAAAUGAAAAGGUUGGAAAAAGAAUAUGCUGCUAUUAAAAGCAAAGAGAUGGAGGAGCAGAUUGAGAUCAAGCGUCUGCGCACAGAAAACAGACUUUUAAAGCAACGUAUAGAAACUUUAGAAAAGGAAAGCGCGGCCUUAGCAGACAGGCUGAUACAGGGUCAGGUGACGAGGGCACAAGAAGCAGAGGAGAACUAUGCCAUAAAGCGAGAACUGGCUGUGGUGAAGCAGCAGUAUUAUACAGCCACUGAAAAUCUGCAGAAUGCACAGGGCCUUCUACGCCAGCUGCAAGACAAACAGACUGACCCGCGGAUCACUGAAGAACUGGUGAACCAUCUGGAGUCUGAGCUGGAACAAUCCCGGCUCCGAGAAGCCGAAACCCUGGGAGCCUUGAAGGAGAUGCAAGAGAAAGUGGUGGAUCUUGAGAAGAGGAACAGCUCUCUCCCUGAUGAGAGCAAUGUUGCCCUGCUCCGGGAUGAGCUGCAGUCUUUGCGUAUGAGGGAAGCCCAUGCCCUGCAGGCCAUGAAGGAGGGUCAGCAGCAGGUGACAGAACUCAAUGACAAGUGGCAGUUACUGUCGUCCCGAGGUGGAAGCUUCUGGAAGGACUCUCCCCGUAAGGCCACGGCGGGAGACUUGCAGGAUGAAGUUAUGUUGAGUCGCUUGAGAGAAGUUCAGGCUCAAAGUGAAACCCGUGAGCUGCGCCAGAGGGUGCUGAUCCUGGAGAGUCAGGAGCUGAUGCAUGAGAAACAACUCACUCGGCUGGAGAAAGAGUGUAAGGAGCUGAGAGACAGACUGCAGAACGAGGCCGCCCAGAACAAAGCUCUGCAGACCCAAAUGAAUGAGGAUAAGCGAAGGCACGCGGUGUCCCAGUGCAAGAAUAAAGAAGAAGUGAUGGCCGUGCGUUUGAGGGAAGCGGAUAGCAUGGCGGCUGCAGCAGAGAUGCGUCAGCGCAUAGCCGAGUUGGAGAUUCAGAAAGAGGAAGGGAUAAUUCAAGAAAAGCUGAAUGAUUCCGACUUCUCGCAGUAUAUCCGUGAGCUGAAGGAUCAGAUAGACGAGCUCAGACAAGAGAUCCUCCUCCUCCGAGGCCACAAAGCUUAUUCGGAGUCCAUAACUUUCGAUGGCCUACACCUCACCUCCGGCUCAGGGCAGGAAGAUGAGGACUCUCUCCCUUCCUCAGACGAGGAGCUGCUCUCGAGGCCCUUGGGGGCCUUGCAGGAUGCGUUGUAUCCACACUCCCCACACAAGUCCUGUUUCCUGCGGCCCCUCAGAAGCUCCCCCAGCUCUGAGAGCGAGGAGGGAGUGGAGACCAACGGUGCCACUUCAGACACCCCUCCAGACCGUGCUGAAGAAUAACCCUGGGCAAUGAGGGGGCAGGCUGGAUUUCCCCAACACCCCCUCUGAAGAUCAAUAAUUCUAACAAAUGGAGGAGAAGGCACUAGUAAUGAGCCUCUUGGCUGCAAACUAAUAACUAUGGAGAGGUAGGACAGCUCCAGAUCCCCCCUUAUUUUUUGUGCUGAUGACAAAGAAUCCAGGUCCACACAUUUGUGGCUGUGAAGCCUAGACUGUUCCUCUAGCGGUGCGGUGGAUGCUGGUUUCUAACACACACCUGUCCUGUUCCAAGUUAUUGUGUAAUUAUUGAUGGGCUACAGGCUGGUAGCUCAAAGCUACGAUUUGCAGUUUUAAAGGAACUUUUCAUACCACAAAACAUGGCCCUGUAGCGGAAGUGUCGGUAAGGUACAGUGUCCAGCACUGAAACGCCCCGUUUGUCAAGAUCGGGCUUUCAUAAAAUUUGACAGAGAAGAUGGUGUAGAGCAAAGAUAACAAAGCAAGAAUUUCCAAUGUUACACGCAAGUUCACGCUCACCUGUCCUUAGGAUAACAAAAUCUGGCAAACCGUCAAAAAAAAAA